UGCCAUAAGUUCGAGGAGCAAAAGCCCCCACAUUUUCUUUCGGGCCCGCUCAUAUAGGCGCCUGCGCACAAAUAUCGGGCGAUCCCUCAAACUACCUUCUCGUGCUUGUGCCGUGGGCUUGUGUCAGUGUCCGUGAUCCGCAGCAUCGCAGCUAUCGAUAGUUUUCGUGUUUCGCUCCUAAAUUACUUAGUUUUCGCGAAAUAACGACCCUAUCUGUUCUCUUUAGGGAGUCCGUGUGUGUCAGGUUUUGGCUUUCUGCAUUAAUAAUGUGUUCAUGGUCAUGAUACGUCCCACUAUAAAGUGAGUAUCGAAUAUGAAUGAAAACAGAGAAAAAUCAGACUGUGACGAUCGCUGCGAUACUAACCUAGAAAGGGAGGUUAAUUCUGUUGAAAACCAGGAUGAUGAGCCACCUCUCAAACUCCUAAAGCAGGAAGAAGAUCAUGAACAAACUACAUCUAGUGAAGUGUUCUUUAUUGAUAACAAAGGCGAUAAAGAUGCCUUCACAAGGUUCAUGUCCACGGAUGGCACCAGAAAUACAGACAAGCACCCAUCAUACCGUACUGAUGAUUUUAUUCAGCUUGAUGAUUCCGAGCCAGAAGAAUCAGCUUCCGGUGAUGCACCACCCCAACCCAGUGUUGUAUGCUUCAACUGUGGUGGAAAGCACUUCUUAAAUGAAUGCACGAAGGAUAUUGACAUGGCACGUGUAUCCCAAAAGCGCAGGGAAAUGGCCAGAGAGAGGGAUGUAGCACCAAAAAAACUACGUUACUUCGAGCAUGAAAUGCUGUCGCAACGUUUCCAACCUGGCAAAUAUAGCAAGGAGUUGAGAAAUGCUUUAGACUUGCAUCCAGAAGAUCUGCCUCCAUUCAUCUAUAGAAUGCGUGUGCUUGGGUAUCCACCAGGCUGGCUUACAUAUGCAGAAGUUGAAAACUCAGGGCUUAAAAUCUAUGGCUUGGAUGAUCCUGACAAACCAGAUGAAAACACAGAAGAUAGAGAAGUGCACUGUGAUGACAAGCAAGUGCAAUAUGAUCCAGCCCGGCUGGUUGACUUUCCCGGCUUCAACGUUCCUGUGCCCCUUGGUGUUCGUGAUUUGUGUGAAAAGUAUGGAAUGCCACCGAUGCUUCAACACCAGCAGAGGUCUGAAGCUGAAAAAUAUAUGAAAGCACCGGUUGCAAAAAGCUUUAAUCAACGGCAGAAGCUGCCACCACCAGCCGUACAACCAAGCACAGACACCAGUCAAGUAGUGGACAUGCACAUUGAUGAUGGAGUUGAAGACGCAGUGGUUUGCUUUGAAGCUGAAAACAUUUCUGCAGUGGCGACAGCGGAUUCACCGACAGACUCGAAGUGUGCCAGCACAAAUAUCGGCCAAGAAUGUCUUGUUCCUGAGCUUCCAAGUGUAGCCUCUGAAUGCAGCACUCCAGCUUCUCCAAGCAGCACAGAAGCCAAUGAACGAGAACAACCUAGCCUAGUAACCAUUCAGAAUGGCAGCACCUCCAAUUCUGAUGACUCCCCAUUGAAGACACUAAAAGGCAAGACCCACAAAGUUACCUUGGGAGCACCCAUGCUUAUUGGCUUCAGCAAGUACACGUCACUUCCACCACGUGAGAACUUUGCCAAGGACAUGACCGACCACAUCCCUUUUGAGAACUUGCCUGGUACCACUGGGAGAUAUGAUAAGCUGCGUACAGUUAUUGAGAAAGUCCGUGCUCUACGCGAAGAAAAUGAGAAAAAUGAGGACUCGUAAAAUGACAUGAACUUCAAGUUCACAGAUUUGUGUAUAGUGCAUGAAAGUAUCUUCCAAGUAAAGUCACCUUAUGAAAGUGGUGACAUAAAUUAGGACUUGUAAAAUGACAUGAACUUCAAGUUCACAGAUUUGUGUGCAGUGCAUGAAAGUAUCUAGCAAGUAAUCCUGAUGACAAAAAUAUGUCACCACUUGACAGUGUGCAAAACGAGAACAAGGUGAAAGCAAGAGCCGUUUCGACAAGUGGAUUUGUCUUCUUCAAGGCGACAUAUGCUUUCCUCGCCACAGUAUAUAUAGGUGGGGUUGUACUAAAGGGGAGAGGGUGUAAGGCAGGUGGGUGCGGCAACGAGCAAAGGUGUGUUAGUGGGGAGGGUGUCGAAUUGAGAAUAAAGGAGUGCUGUGCACAAGGCCAGGGACACUGCCGUCUGUCAACCACGUGUCAACGCCUGUGUGUCAGCUGGCGUGUCAAUGGCAUGCAUAGCAGCCCUCUGUUACCUGUUUCGCUGGUAAUAGAGGGCUGCUGUGCAAGCACGCUGUUGACGCAUAUAUUGCAUAUCUCGCCUUGAAGAAGACAAGUCUACUUGUCAAAACGUUGGCUCCUGCUUUCACCUUGUUCUUGUUUUGCUCAUCGUCGAAUUUCCAUCUCUCGCCUUCCCUGUGUUUUCAAUUGACAAUGUGUCAUUUUGCUGCACAUCACCCCAGAAUCUCUGUCAUCUCAUUGGGAAGUCCUAAACAGACACAAAGAGAAAUAUUAAAGGGCCCCUGAAACGAUUCGGACAAAUUUUGUAGACGCGUAGGGUACAGCUUAAGUAGAACAUUCGCACCACAAUUUAAGUGAAGCGUUACGUAUUAAUGGAGCUACAAGCAAUUACAAGUGACCCUCAUCCCUAGCCAUGCUUUUCCUCCUCAACUCGUUCGCCGAGUGAUCGGGGCUAAGCUCCGCCUUCACUGGUUCUGCGUCACAAUGCGACGUCACAUCGUCCACUUCCUGUUGUUUUGGAGCACGCCCCCGCCCGCGCGAAACGUCUCCGCUAGCAGCUUGGCCGUCAACCCCAAGCGAGAGCUAUCGAAGCAGCGUGCAUAGCAAGCAUUCUGUUGUAGCGCCGAACGUGUCUGGUAUUCCGGUAAUCACACACUAGCAGAACGUUUCGACGGAACGGUGAAGGCAUAAACUCAAGCUGAUGAAGGAACUUUAGUGUAGACGUACGUAAGCUGCCUGAUUGGUCUCCACGGUCCAGCCACCCGUGGCGCAGAGCUUAACCAGCCAAAGAAAGAGCUAAUAUUGCUCUAACCAAGUGUAAAACAUUUUAAACAUUUACAAAAACAACGUUAACGAUUACACUCCUGCGAAAAAUUUACACCAGCAGCAAAGCAGAAUACAUUUUGUUACUGCUACUGUGUGUGGUUGAGCUCUAUGCCACCAGGUGGCUGCACCGUGCAGACUAUUCACAUUUGCGCUUCUGUUCAUCCCCUGAGACGACACCUAAGGGGACACGGCCAGGCCCUGUCCCCUUGCGCUUACGUUUACCCUAAUACCAGACUCGCGAAACGCUAUUGUGUUAGUAAUCUUCGGGUGUAAAGUGACGGCCGCAAUCGCGCAAAUCCUGGCGCCCAUCGGAUAGCGGCUGUCCAAUGCGCUGCAGCCAGUCCGCUCAUCUACUGGCUUGCAGAAGGACACACUGUCGCAGCUUGACAUAUUGCCAGUCGCUACGUUUGCAGUCCACAGCUCAACAAAGUCGAAUCGUAGCGCUCGCGAAAAGACAGACUGACACUGACUGCGGAGCUCUCGUCAAAGAUGGAGCACGUUGUAACACAAGCAGACAACACAAGCUGUGUGCCGGAAGUGCUUAAGUGUAGUGAAAAAUUGUUCUUGUGCGUUCUCUUUAUGUUACUUUCUUUUUAUAAAAUCAAAUUAACUAACAUUCUAACUAUUACAAACAUCAUUUGUUUACCAUAAAGUUGGAAAAAUUAUCGAUCACACACCCUAGUCAGCCAAUCAGAUAGCUCGCCCCACUGACGUCAUAUGGGCGAUUUCCGUCAUAUGGGUAGGGGCGGCUUAAAAUUCUGCCGAGCAGUGUGCUGCGAUCGGCAACGAUGUGCAUUUUUAAAACCUUAUAAUAAAUUACACGCUUUACGCGGAGCACUUAGAUGUGUCAAUUAAUGAUCAGAAGGACCUACUCUAACGACUCAGUACGUUUGUAGAAUAUGGUCAAAAUCGUUUCAGGGUCCCGUUAAGUCAGUUUGGACUGGUAUUCUUUCAGGGCACAACAAUUUAUUUCCAGAAAAAAGCAAUUUAUCAAGAAAGCAAAUGGAAGGCCAAAGAUCUUUUUGAAAUACAGUAGAACCUCGCUCAUACGUUUUGGGGAAAGAAAAAGCGAAAGAAAACGUACUAACCGGGAAAACAUACUGCCGCGACGCCAUCUGUGCCCAACCACGCUGACGACGAGGUCGUCGUCCUCGUCGUCAGCGUCAUUCCUGACAUCCUGACAUUCCUGACAAGUCACUCCUGACAGCCAAUCCUGCUCGAGGCGCCGUCAGGACCUGCCUGAGACUGUGCACGUGGUGCGCAUGAAACCUUAUUUUGCUGAAUGGCAUGGGCACUUGCUGGUCGGCUGGACACUGGGUGCUACCUGCCGAGCAUCGGGACGAUGCUCCUUUGAAGGGGGGGCAAAUGCCGCGACGCCAUCUGUGCCCAACCACGCUGACGACGACCUCGUGCGUGCAAGUGAAGGUGCUAGAGAAGAAGAAGCCAAAACUGAACGCUUGUUCUAAUUGUCUAGAUAAAAAUACUGCUCUCCACUCUUGUCUCAAGUGAGCCGUGACAAUACGAUCCGAAGUAACUAAAGAAAUUUGACAGACUCAACUAUUGUUGACACCUACGUGAUGCGAAGCGUCGCACGGAUUGUUGCGGCAGGAGACGCUGACGCCCGUCGAGCAGGUGGUGCUUCGGUGGCCCGAGACACGUUUUAUUGUUUUCCUAUUGUGUGGUGUUUCAAGAGGGCGGCGGGAAACCGAAACGAAAUCGAGCUGGUGGGCGACACGGGAUGCCGCCGAAGCGAAAUGUGAUGCCCACAUCACGCCACCUGCAGCAGGGAACGGUGGUGCGUUUGGAUUAUCGCUUACUAAAAGCGUGAAGUAUACUACCAACGGCAGGCACUAUGCACCACGCGCUGUAAAACAGAUAGGUAUAGGUGAAGAUUCUUAUCGCAAUAGGUUUGGCGGCGAUAGCUGUGAAUGGGGCGUGCAACUACCGGCGGUGAUUUGCUGAUACCGGAAUAAGAAACCACGCCGUCGUUUUCACGUGAGACAAGCGGCUGUGUGUGUGUGUGUGUGUGUGUGUGUGUGCGCGUGCGCAUGCACUGUUAUCAAUCAUGCGUGCCUCGCACCUUUUCUUGUUCACAUCUAGCGGCUAAAAAAUGUAUUAAAAGUGGGCGCUACGCUUCCGACGGCACCAUGUGCUAUGAAACAAAUAGGCGAAAAUGCUUAUUGCUAUAGGAUUGGCGGUGAUAGCUGUGAAUGCCACAUGCGACAACCCCAUAGAAGAUUUGUUGGUACCGAAAUGAGAAACUGAGUGCGCGCCGGCGUUUUCACGCGACACGGGUGGGCGAAUGUUGCGUGUAGCUGCCGCGGCUGGCAGCUAUAUACUGUCCUCAAUCGCGCGCGGCUUGCGCAUUUUCUUACGUAUCAUACGAUCGCCGUUUGGCGAUGUACUGAACGUUGGUGCCGAAAAAUCGUGUUUUCCGAGAAUGUACGAACCGGUAAAAAAUGAGCCCAACUCUAUUGGGUAAUGUUUUGUGUUCUCUGUUGCGGACGUUGGCGCCGGGAAAACUUACAUAACAGGAACAUAUGAACGAGGUUCUACUGUAUAUACCACAAAUGAGGCACUGAUGACACAAUGGGGUUGCAAGGGAUUCUCUUCACGCCGAGUUCUUGUGCUUUUAGAAUGCAGCACACGUUGCGGGUUCAACUCGACCGGGGCCCAUCCCAGAACCUCUGUUGCCUCAUUGUGAAGUCUUAGACAGAAAGAGUAACAUUAAGUCAGUUGGGACUGGUAUUCUUUCAGGGCACUGCACUUUAUUUCCACAACAAGGCAAUUUAUCAAGAAAACAAAUGGAAGGCCAAAGAUCUUCUUGAAAUACAUGCCACAAAUGCACUGAUGACAUAAUUGGUUGCAAAGUAUUUUCCUCACACUGAUUUCUUGAGUACUUCAGGAUUCAGCACGCACUGCGGGUUCAAUCCCUACCGAGGCGGCUGCAUUUUGAUGGAGGCAAAAUGCAAAAAUGCUCAUGUACUUAGAUUUAGGUGCAUGUUAAAGAGCCCCAGCCACUCAAAAUUAAUCUGGAGUCCCCUACUACCGCGUGCCUCAUAUUUAUAUUUUGGUUUUGGCAAGUAAAGCCCCAGAAUGCCGCACAAUCAUUCUUUAUUGGUGAACAAUCAAUUAGCCCUGAGCAGAUGCUGUUAAAAUUCAUGUAAUUGGGAGCCGAUACUGGAAUUUCAAUGUGGCACCAUCACCAGUCUUUAGUUUUUGCAUUUUUGCACUCGUUCUGGUUUACCAAGCCCACACAAAUACCUUUUAUUUCUUUUUGGCUCCCUUAGGGGCACUGUAGAGAAAAAUAAUUUGAGCUGUAUUAGUAAAUUACCCUUCUACAAUACAAAAAAAAGCCAUUCUUGCGGUGAGAGGAGGCUUGGCAAGCCAGAAAAGACUCAAAGGUGAAAUACGCCACCUUGAAGUUCCUGCACCAGCUCGUCGUGACAUCAUGGAUUUGGCACUGUCAGCUUGAGCCUAGUAAACUUUUCUUUGGUAAAGAUUAGUUAUAUUGUACUCUAAAAGAACUAAAGACUGAACUUGACAAGUUUCAGAAACCUUUAUUGAGCCACAAUGGCCCAAACACGAAAAAUUGUACUAUGACCUUCAUUUUCUCUUCUAAUACUCAACAUAUUGCGAAAUUAAAAAAAAUAUAUUGCUUUCAAAGAAUGCUUGAUUAAUCUAAACAGAUGUGUCCUUUUAAAGGCGUAUGUUUACAUCAGAUCUUAAUCCUGGCCUUCGCGCAGUGGCCCUGAGAACAAAAUUUCACACUCAAGGGAACACACUGGCCAAUUUGCUAGUCCGGAAGAUUAUUAACUGGGCAGGCUCGACUGGGACGAUCCUCAGAAUCCACCGCGACAAAUGCCCGAGAUUCUCGCUCGUCAGCACACAACCAAAAAAAAAAUACCCUGUCCUUCACUCACAACUCAGUGGAGAGGAAGCCGCCAGUUGGUGCAAAGUUCAGACUGGGGUACUCGCUUUCCGGUAGUUCCGGUCCGAAACCCAAAAAAGAUCAAGUUCUUGCGACGCCAGUGGCACAAAGGAUGUUCCACAUCCGCCGCCAAGGUUUGUGAGUGGUGGCGCUGGCUAACAUUCCCAGGGUUCUACUAGUUAACAUGGACACCAAAGAAAGUGGAUGGGGAAACGGUGCCGCGGUAGCUGAAUUGGUAGAGCAUUGCACGCGUAAUGCGAAGGUUGUGGGAUCAUUCCCCACCUGCGGCAAGUUGUUUUUUCAUCCACUUUCAUUUCCAUUAAUUUAUUGUUUCUUUAUUUCAUUUAUUAAGCACAAGUAAGUUCCCCUAUGUUGUCCUUGGUGUCAGUGUUUGUUGGCUUCUUAUGAUACGACUAAUAAAAAUCAGGCCCCUCGGUUAACCCCCUUUCUUCUCAUUGGUCAGUCAGAAGUACCUUCUGUGGAGUUUGCCGAAUCUGUAUUUUGGUUAGCUGCGGGUCAGGAGCAUUGAUUACCACAGAGCAUUACUGUUACGAUAUGGAGGAGUAAAUAGCGCAAACGGAACAUUGCACAAUGUUGGCCAAAUUAAAAUUUUUUUUCUCCACGUUUAUAAGAACAGUUCAAGUUUUCUCAGCCUGUUGCCAUGAAUGUUGUUGAAACUUGAGGCAAAUAUCUUUGCCCUGCUAGGUAACUUAAAAAUUCAUGAGAAAUGCCCAAGUUUGGGUAUGUCUUAAAAAAAAAAAAGCAAUAUUUUUUUAAAAAGGCCAUGUUUAACUUUCUUGAAGAUUUCCCAAAUUAAGUCUAUUGUCUUGAACUAAUGUAAUCUGGAAAAACGUUGUUGCAUUAUUUGUUUUGUUCUGGAAUUGUAAAGCAAGAAAUAUGACUGAAUAAACGGUACUGCCACUGCAA